AUGGCGGUUAAAAAGUGGUCAACACGCAAUACGCCUUCAAUGUCGAGGACCGCUGCAGCGAACACAAUUAUUGCUGUGCUGAAGCCACUAGGCUAUUGGCAAUGGACAAGGGAUCCACGCCGACCAUACAUCGAAAAAGUCGAACGUGUAUACCGCAUUGUACUGCACAUAACGGUAUCAUUCAGCUUCAUUUCGCUAAUGUUGGCGGGUGUGUUAUUAUCGCAGGAUCUCGAGGAGAUCAGCAGUAUACUACACAUAUUGCUAACCGAAUUCGCAUUAGUCGUAAAAGCAUUGAAUAUUUGGCGAAAUUGUGGCGCAGCUUGGCGCUUUAUGGACGAAGCGGCCAACGAUCCCAUAUACGCUUUGCGCCAACAGUCCGAGUGGACCAAAUGGCAGCGUGCCCAGCGUUCGUUUGCCAUCGUUACGUACAUAUAUUGUCUGGCCUCCGUCGCCGCACUCGUUUUCGCUUGCAUCGGUGUCAUGAUGACACCAGCCGAUGUCUAUGUUUUGCCAUGCAACAUUUAUGUGCCCUUCGAAUGGCAUCAUCCGCGUAGAUACUGGUAUGUAUGGACCUAUAACACUAUUGCCGCAUUGAUGACAUGCAUCUCCAAUACUACGCUGGACAUGAUAUACUGCUACUUCAUGUUUCAUCUGUCGUUGUUGUACAAAUUGAUUGGUUGGCGUUUGAGGGCUUUACGGCGACGUGCGGACGAACCACCAGUAAUUAAGCAAAUGUCCGAGAUCUUUCAAAUGCAUGUGAAUGUAAGGAGAUUGACGACUGAGUGCGAGACUUUGGUAUCUAUGCCGGUUUUUGGGCAAAUUAUUCUCAGCGCUUUCAUACUCUGCUUUAGUGGCUAUAGGCUACAGCAAAUGGGCAACAUGGAAAAUCUUGGCAUGCUCUUUAGUACAGUUCAAUUCGCCACAGUGAUGGCGGUGCAGAUCUUUUUGCCCUGCUACUUUGGCAAUAAGGUAACUGAGUCCUCGAACGCUUUGACAGAUGACAUCUUUAACUCGGAUUGGACAACAUUUGAUGUGCCGACGCGCAAAUUUAUGAUCUUAUAUAUGGAACUUUUGAAACGUCCAGCAAAUUUGAUGUCAGCCAACUAUUUUAAAAUUGGCUUGCCUAUUUUUGCAAAGACCAUGAACAAUGCCUACAGCAUUUUUGCGCUAAUCCUCAAUAUGAAUAAUUGA